UCCGAGACCGGCUCACCGUCAAACUGCUCACUCUAAACAUGAAACAUGGUCCAUUUUAACAAAUGUACGUUAGUGUGGAGCGCGACGUCCACAGAUAUGUCAGACGACAGCACUACCGAACGGGAUUUAAAGCUCCUUUUAUAGUGGACAACGAUGACGGUUCCGGUGCUUUGGCUUAUUAUAUAAAAAUAAAAGGCUGUAAUCAUAUAAUGGCUUAUUAUAAACGUGUAUUGCUGAAUUGAUUGUCGACUGGUUGAACAGCGAAGGGCUACAGUUCCGCCGCCGUUCGUUGUUUUCUGUGACUGGAAACAUUGUUGCAAACAUUGGAUUCAUCAGCACACCAAAUCAAGAUGACAGUGGAAAAUACAACUAUUAAAAGCCGGAUUAAGAGUCUGCUCCGAUCGCCUUCCAUCAAAUUGAGAAGAAGUAAUCCUGGAAACAACAAGGAGAAUCUCAGUAAUAAGGUAACGUUGGAGAAAGUUCUGGGAAUCACUUCCGCUGGGAAUCGUGCUUUAGCGUGUGACCCACACUCAGGACUUGUUGGCUACCCAGCCGGGUGUGUGGUGGUGCUACUGAACCCUAAGAAAAACAAACAGCAUCAUAUUCUCAAUAGCUCCAGGAAAGCCAUCACUACGCUCGCCUUCUCUCCCGAUGGCAAAUAUGUGGUCACGGGUGAGAGUGGUCAUAUGCCAGCGGUGCGUGUCUGGGAUGUGGCAGAGAGGACACAGGUGGCGGAGUUGCAGGAACACAAGUACGGCGUGUCCUGUGUGGCUUUCUCCCCCAACAGCAAAUAUAUCGUCAGCGUGGGUUACCAGCAUGACAUGAUUGUCAACGUCUGGGCCUGGAAGAAAAACGUAGUGGUUGCCGCCAACAAAGUGUCCAGUAAAGUGACAGCUGUGUCUUUCUCGGAUGACAGCUCUUAUUUUGUUACAGCAGGAAACAGACAUGUGAAGUUCUGGUAUCUUGACCACACUAAGUCUUCCAAGGUGAACGCCACAGUCCCAUUACUGGGCCGCUCUGGUCUUCUCGGAGAGCUGCGGAAUAACUUCUUCAGCGAUGUGGCCUGUGGAAAGGGCCGGAAGUUGAGCAGCACAUUCUGCAUCACUUCCUCUGGGCUGCUCUGUGAAUUCAACAACAAAAGAAUGCUGGACAAGUGGGUGGAGCUUAGGAGAAAUGACAGUUUCGCAACUAGCAUGGCCACGUCUCUGUCAGUCACUGAGGAUCUGAUCUUCUGUGGUUGUGCUGAUGGUACCGUGAGAGCGUUCAGUCCUAUCGAUCUGCACUUCAUCUGCACGCUGCCUCACCCUCACUGUCUGGGCACAGACAUCGCUACUGUUACUGAGGCCAGUCACCUCUUUGCAUACAAGGAAAAUGUGCGCUAUCCUGAUGCAGUAGCUGUGUCCUACGACCCUGCGAACCGCUGGCUGUCCUGUGUGUAUAACGACCACAGUCUGUACGUGUGGGACGUCCGUGAUCUUCGUAAAGUGGGGAAGGUUUACUCCGCUCUCUACCAUUCAUCCUGUGUGUGGAGUGUAGAGGUGUACCCAGAGUCGAGGGAUGGUGAACAGCCCCGUUUGUCUCCAGGAUGUUUCCUCAGCUGUUCAUCUGACAACACUAUCCGCUUAUGGAACACAGAUGCUCAGAACACUACACUCAGCCGAAAUGUAAUCAGCAAUGACCUUCAGAAGGUCAUUUAUAUGGACAACAACAUCUCCACCUUGCUAGACACAGACUGCACCAUCUCCAGUAGCUCAGAGAAGGCUGACCCGCAGACCUCUGAGAACCGCACGGGCAUUAGGACCAUGUGUGUGAGUCCAGACGGGCUGCACCUGGCAUCAGGGGACCGCAACGGCACACUGAGAAUCCACGAUUUGGAGAGCAUGGAAGAUAUUCUGGAUGUUCAGGCCCAUGACUCUGAGAUCUUGUGUCUGGAGUACUCUAAACCAGAGACCGGGCUGAAGCUGUUAGCCACCGCUAGUAGAGACAGACUGAUCCAUGUGCUGGAUGUGGAGCAGGAAUAUGGUCUGCUACAAACACUGGAUGAACACUCGUCCUCUAUCACUGCUGUCCGAUUUGCUGCUAAUGAUGGCAAAGUCAGAAUGAUCAGUUGUGGUGCUGAUAAAAGUAUCUACUUCCGCACAGCACAGAAGACCGAGGAAGGCACACAGUUCACACGUACUCAUCACAUAGUGAGGAAGACUACUCUGUACGACAUGGAUAUCGACCCCACACGAAAGUACUCUGUAAUUGGCUGUCAGGAUCGCAGCAUCAGGAUCUUUAACAUCUGCAAUGGCAAACAGAAGAAAGUCUACAAGGGCUCUCAGGGCGAAGAUGGGACCCUUAUCAAGGUCCAGACGGAUCCCUCUGGUCUGUAUGUGGCCACAAGCUGCUCGGACAAAAACAUCAGUAUCUAUGACUUCUACACUGGAGAAUGUGUGGCUACCAUGUUUGGCCAUUCUGAGAUUGUAACAGGAAUGAAGUUUACUAAUGACUGUAGGCAUCUGAUAUCUGUGUCCGGAGACAGUUGUAUAUUCGUGUGGCGACUAUGUCCUGAGUUGACCAUCAAUAUGAGACAGCGGCUCUCAGACCUGAAACAAAACACCAAACCAGUUCAGAAGACCCCUCCGAACAAACAUCACACACUUAGCACAAGGAGAGAAAUCCACAGUGCUCCAGUCAUUGCUAACAUGUCAUCUGACAGUGACAAAGAUGUGGAGGAAGAGGAAUGUAUUGAGGAAGAAGAUGAAAUGUUUCCACACCUGUCAUCAGGCAGCAGUGCCAGCGAGGAGACUGGAUCAUCAGAGGAGAAGCGCAAUACUCUUAAUUCCAAGAUGAGGAAGCAAUCCAACAGCAGUACUGAAUGCGAGGGUUCAGGUCCACGGCCGAGGCGCCGCUGGUCCAGACGUUUAGGCAGUAUGGAUCUGAAGGUGAAGUCCAUGCUGGAUCUGAGGCAACUGGAGUCUUUCGCCAUGCCCUUUUUUCCCAGCAAAACCCCUGAUGUUCAUAAAGAACCUCCAUCUGCCAAGAACCAGGAACUGGGCAGCACCAUCAGCUUGCAGACCCUCGCUGCAUGGGUACCGGAAGAGAAUGGACCAGGUGGACAAACUCGUCCUCAUUACAUCCAGCUGUUGCCUCAAACCCAAGACACAGAGGUGCUGUAUCCUGAAGGAUGCGAUGACCAGAUCAGUCUUGCCGACAGUGAGUAUCAGGUUAAGAGGUUCCCUCAUGGAGCGAGAUAUGCUAAAGUGAACUCUUGCCCUGAGAAGCAGAGUCCAGAUAGUGCCUGCUCCAUGGAGUACUCUAGUAGUCGCCUGUCCAGCCCUGAGCACCCUGGUGAAGAUUCUGAGCCCACUGAACCACUGAGUGUAGAUGGAAACUCAUCAGAACUGGAUAUGGAAGAUCUUGAUGAGGAAGAAGAGGACAGCUUGAGGAAGAAUGUAGUUCAGGCUCCUGUGCCUCAGACCCCAGACAAGGAGGCUUUUCUCAAAAAACACUUUGCAAACCUAUCAGACCGCAACAAUCCUGCAAGUCCAACCAGAGUAGCUUCAAACAUUUCUGACAGCAUGUCAUCAAAGUUCCUCUCUCAAAACUCUCCCAGCAGACCUACAUUCCCUUUCCAUUCAAACAAAAGCAGUGACGGUAAAACCACCAGUGGAAUGGUGCGUCCCCUGAUCUCAGAAGUGCGCCCUCUCAUGGAGAAUAAGAGUCAAGGCAGACAGCAGGAGUCCCAAGGCUCUGAGAAGACAACAGGUCAGCGUUUAAUCCAGAAGAAACGCACACCUACCAUAGACUCUCGCAGACUGAUCAGCCCUGUUGCUAAAGCUGCUGCAAAUCAUGCUAGUUCUACAGGAAUGAGAAAAGCCCAAUCUAUCCACAACAUCUCCUCAGAAGCUGACACUGUCCAAACAUCCACUCGUCCCUCUCGGGAAGUCUACCCUCAGCCACAGACCCCUGAACGAGGUGUCUCCUCUACACCACGCCGUUCCCUUCCCACCGUCCCACUUACCAGUCCCACGACCACCCUGCCAAGAGACAUCACCACGCCCAUUAAGCUUAAAUCUCGCUCUUAUAUGAGCCCCACCACCAGCUCCAUGGCCAAGAUGUCCCGCUCAGUGUCCAUGGGGGACAGCCUGAACGUAGCAGAACUUGGAGAAGACACUGUAUCCUCUGGAUAUGACUCGUCCAAACCUCAGAGCACCUCCCAGAGCAAGCCCACCACUCCUGUCACCUUCAUCUCCUCCCCUGCAUCCCCAUUUCCAGGCCCCUACACGCCCCAUGCAGCUGUCAUACCUACAUUCAGUGCUGGAUCAACUGGAAGCUCAGCUUCUAAAGGUCUCCAGUCCAAACUGACUGGCAAUGCUCGCCCCCUGCUCCAUAUAGACAUUCCCAAUACUCUUCCAGACAAACUCUCCAUAUCCACCCUCUCACCAAGCAACAAGAGCCCCAGGCUUGUACAAAAUGACAAGGAGUCCUCAAGUAGAACACCAACAACUCCAUCACAUUCUGGAAAAUUUCAGCUGCCCAGCAGCAUCGUACAGCCGGUCUUAGCUGUACAUUUAACCCCAUCUGAAACCACAGACUCAGACCAGAUUGAGCUUAAUAUGGGACUCAAUCCAGACCAACCUAUAGACUUAAUGGAAGCUAACCUAAAGUCACAUUUGAAACCAGGAGAAGAGGAAACUGAGAAUGCCAUGGGCCAGGCCAGUCUUGGUCUUCUUCAGUCUCAGAAUUCAGACACAUCUCUCAGUGUUGAUUCUUGUAAGCUGGUUGCUAAUGAAUUGCAGAGCAGUUUUAAAAGAGCCUCCCACCUCUACAAAAUGCUAAGCAACUCCAACGACUCCAGCGACGAGCAGCAGAAGAUGACACGUGUGCUUAGCGAAGCUUUUGAGUCGAUGCGAGCCGAGCUGAACUCCCUGCCGCCCUGUGCUCCUUCAAAAUCACCAAGUGCUGGCACCAUGCGCAUGAUAGCUAACAGUGAUGCGACUCUGGGUGACAAUAGGACGCUAGCACUUCUAGAGCAGUAUUCCAAACUGCUCCUUACUGCGGUGGAGAAAAGAAUGGACAACAAAAUCUGACUUUUCC